AUGAUUAUUUCUUUGUUUCUAAUUGGUUUUUGUACGUGUGUAUUUUAUCUGCAUUUUGUUUAUCGCAACUGGAGGUAUCUUAAGUUUUCUUGGCAAGUGAAAAACGGUUUUUGGUAUCCCAUAUUGCCUCUCGUUGGUAACAUGUAUGUCGGUUUUUUUUCUGGGUCAUUAAACGCGAUGUCCUUGAUGCAAUGGCUCGACAAAAUUAAAGGCUUUCCGUUCAAUUUCUGGUACGUCGACAACUACAUGUACAUAAUCAAAGACGCCAAGGAAGCCAAAAUCAUCAUGAACCAUCCGAAAUGUGUCAACAAAGCAGUGUUCUACGAUAGGUUUAAGUUUGUUUUCGAAAAUUCCAUUUUUUUAGUGCCUAAUAAAAAAUGGAAAAAACAACGUAAACAUUUUGUAACGGGCUUCAAAUCAAACAUUUUGAAGAACACCGUUUACGUUUACCAUAAUCUCAGUUGUCAAAUGAUUGAAGAUCUAAAAUCUGUUGAAAUGCCUAAAGAUAUCUUUCGGUAUUUUCAAAGGUACUCUAUUCGAAGCUUUUUUGUGGGCAAUACAGGCAUAAGCGAAUACCUAUCUUCAUUUGAAAUGGAAAAAGUGGGCGAUAUCGUAUUGGAUGUCCAGGAUCUUCUUUACUCGUUGGUCGUUAUGCCAUUUCUCAGUCCCAAAUUGUGGCUGGCGAUUUUUCCUGCCGGUAAAAAGGUCACAAAGUUGCUUGAAAAAUCUACAGAAAUCGUCAUAUAUGGAAUCGCACAAAAGAAAAAGUUGCUUCAAGAAAAUCAAGAAUAUUUUGGAAAUAGCAAGGAUCUUUUGGAACUAUGUUUAGGUAACGGCGCAGACAAUUUGGAUCAAGAUGAGAUCAUCCAACAAGUGAAUUUUGUUGCUUCAGCUGCAAGCGAAACCACAGGAAAUGCGCUUGUUUUCACUUUUGUAUUAUUGAGCAUUCAUCAAGAAAUACAGGAAAAAGUAUAUGAGGAAGUGAUGGAAGUAGUGGGCGAUAAAGAUAUAACGCAUCAAGAUUUGCCAAAUUUGAAAUACACUGAAGCCGCAAUAUACGAAUCUUUGAGAUUAUUUCCAGUAGCGCCGAUUAUAGGAAGAAGCUGUGAAGAAGACAUUGAUUUAGGUACAAAAAUAAUUCCAAAAGGCUCCUCAUGCGCGAUCAGCCUCUUACAUUUACAAAGAGAUCCACAAUACUGGCCAGAUCCAUCGAAAUUCGAUCCUUCCAGAUUUUUGCCAGAAAACCAGUCGAAAAUUAAUCCGAUUUCUUUUAUGCCGUUUUCAGCUGGACCGAGAGAUUGUAUAGGUAAACCCCAGGCAUUGGUAAUGAUGAAAGUGACCGUGGCCAACGUUGUCAGACAUUUCAAAAUAACGUCAAAACAUAAGAGCAUUGACGAAUUCACUUUGGAAUCUUGCCUGACCAUGAAAACAAAAGAAAAUCCUAAUUGCCGUUUUUCUGCUAGGAAUAAAUUAUAGAAUUAGAAUAUUUUUUAUUAUUAUUACCUAUUCCAAAACAAUUAUAAAUAGAUAGAUAGGUAUUUCAAAUGCUUUUUAGAGAUACAAUAAAUAUUGACGAUUUAGUCUAAAAUGUUAGUGUUUAAACAUAUUCUGCAUUUAAUAAAUUCGCUAGAGGUGG